AUGGUGCAAGACAUUCAGAUUCCAGCCGCUGAAGUGAAUAAGUUGGUGGUGAUGGUGCAUAUAUUGGUGGUGGUGGUUCAUAUUUUGGUGAUGAUGGCGAAUACGUUGGUGAUGUUGGUGCAUACGUCUGCACUUGAUAAGAUGAUGAUGAUGGUGAAUACAUUCGUGAUGAUGGUGUAUACGUUGGCGAAUAAGUUGGCGAUGUUGGCGAAUAUGUUGGUGAUGUUGGCGAAUACAUUGGUGAUGAUGGCGAAUAUGUUGGUGAUGUUGGCGAGUACAUUGGUGAUGAUGGCGAAUACGUUGGCGAAUAACUUGGCGAUGAUGGUAAAUAAGAUGGUGAUGAUGGUGAAUAAGUUGGCGAUGAUGGCGAAUACAUUGGUGAUGAUGGCGAAUAAGCUGAUGGCGAAUAUGUUGGUGAUGAUGGUGAAUAAGCUAAUGGUGAUGAUGGUGCAUAACAUUCAGAUUCCAUCGGCUGCGGUGAAUGAGAGCCGUAAGUUGGUGGUGGUGCGUAACUUUCAGAUUCCAUUUCCAUGGGUACAAGUUCAUGGGAGACGUAAGUUGCUGGUGAUGAGGGCAAGAUUGUUUGCUGAUACGGUGGUAAAGCAGCAAGGAGUCCCUUAA